AUCGCUCACACAUCCACAGAGACCCUCUGUUACUAUUUCCCCCUCGCUUAUGGCCAUCUCCACGACACCAUGAAGAAACUUUACGAGGAGGAGCCGGGGAUGUUUCCCAACUUCCCCGGCGCGAGUUUGUAUCCUUGCUGCACUGCCAACCUAGGACCCCACACCGCCUGCGUUGAUCACCUCGACAUGCUGAACUACCCAGGGUGUCCCUGCGUUCUUACCGCGUUGGGUGACUUCGAUCCCAACGUCGGUGGCCACCUAUACUUCCCUCAACUCCGCCUGUACAUUAGAUUCCCGCCCGGUUGCACGGCGCUGCUAUGCUCUGCGGCGCUCCGCCACGGUAACACUCGACUAUUGGAUCCGAAGCAGAAGCGCUUCUCAUUCACCCAGUUCGUCCCCGGUGGACUCGUUCGGCAUGUUCAACUAGGUUUCACACUCGCUGGCCCGGAUAAGGCUGAGAGGUUGGCGAAGGAGGGUGGAAUUAACAAUCGGCGCGAUGAGCAACUGGGGCGUUUGUCUACUAGGGAGUCGCUGUCGCGGGAUCGGGCGCAGUUGCAAAGGGAGCACACGUAG